AUGGGGCACUUGGUGGAUCUAUCCGCGAAUAGUAACGAAAUCCGUGUAGACUUGAACUUCGUGUAUCCCAGCCUUUUAGCCACUGAAUAUGGCAUAAGAUUGGAGAACACAAGUCCAGUUAUCUACACUGAUGGGAUCAAUGAGAAGAGUAAAAAAACAAUUAAACGAGGGAAUGUGGUGAUUGGUGAAGGGGCAAGGCCUGAGAUUUACACUGAGGAACAUGAGAAGCUUCUUGGGAAUACAGAUCGAAGUUGGACUUGUUUUGUUGAUGGCUAUGAAAAGGAUGGGAAACGGAUUUAUGAUCUGUUUAAGGGCAGAAAACGAUGGGACAUCGUACACAGUGCAGUGAAUGAAACAUGGUUCAAGGACAAUUCUGUGGAGAUUACUGGACCUGCCCUGUUUGUCGCGGGAUUUGCAACUGCAGUUUGUGUCGGAAUAAUAAAGGAUGGGUUCCAACUUCCAACUGGCCCAAUUUGCAGAAGGAUAGCUGCACUUGGCUUCAAGUCUGUAGCACAUCAUCUGGUUCAAACCAAACGGUCCCAAACAAACAAGGCUAUGACGUUCGUCGGUGGAUGA